AUGGCUGCGUUGAGGGCGGGGCGGGCCGUGGGCUGGCGCCUCCGGGAGUGGCGGGCCGUGGGGAGCGUUCGCUCGGGGCAGGCGCCCCCGGUGACCCCUGACCUCCAGGCCUCGCUGACGUCAGGGUCUUCUGACCCUCGGUCCCGGCGGACGUAUGGGACCCCCGGCGCUCCUGUCCACCACUUGCGCGCGGGGGUCCCGGAGCCCCGGUUCUGCGUGCUGCCGUCGGGGUCCCCGGAUCCCCGGGUCCGCGUGCUGCCGUCGGGGUCCCCGGAGCCCCCCGGGGGCCGUGCGCGCGUGUGGCUGGCCGCUGCACUGGGUGCCGGGGGCGCUGCGCUCUGGCUGUGGGCCUGGGGUCGGGGCUGUCCGGCCGUCCACGCCGCCGUCUCCUCUCCGCCCGCCUCUCCGCGCAGCCAGUACAACUUCAUCGCGGAUGUGGUGGAGAAGACGGCACCUGCCGUGGUCUAUAUCGAGAUCCUAGGCCGGCACCCUUUCUCCAGCCGCGAGGUCCCGAUCUCUAAUGGCUCCGGGUUCGUGGUGGCCUCCGAUGGGCUAAUCGUAACCAAUGCGCACGUAGUGGCCGACCGGCGCCACGUCCGCGUGCGGCUACCCAGCGGCGACACAUAUGAGGCCAUGGUGACCGCGGUGGACCCCGUGGCCGACAUCGCCACCCUACGGAUUCAGACCGAGGAGCCGCUGCCCACGCUGCCCCUGGGGCGCUCAGCCGAUGUCCGCCAAGGGGAGUUCGUGGUCGCCAUGGGAAGCCCUUUCGCGCUGCAGAACACCAUCACGUCUGGCAUCGUCAGCUCGGCGCAGCGGCCGGCUAGGGACCUGGGCUUGCCGCAGACCAACGUGGAGUACAUCCAGACGGAUGCGGCCAUAGACUUCGGAAACUCAGGAGGCCCCCUGGUUAACUUGGACGGGGAGGUGAUCGGGGUGAACACCAUGAAGGUCACGGCCGGGAUCUCCUUCGCCAUCCCUUCGGACCGACUGCGAGAGUUUCUGCAUCGAGGCGAAAAGAAGAGUUCUUGGUUUGGAGUUGGGGGGACCCAGCGCCGGUACAUCGGGGUGAUGAUGCUGACGUUGACCCCCAGCAUCCUUGCUGAACUCCAGCUGCGAGAACCCAGCUUUCCAGACGUUCAGCACGGCGUGCUCAUCCACAAAGUCAUCCUGGGCUCCCCCGCCCAUCGGGCUGGCCUCCGGCCUGGUGACGUGAUCCUGGCCAUCGGUGAUCAGCUGGUCCAGAACGCUGAAGACGUGUACGAGGCAGUCCGCACCCAGACCCAGCUGGCGGUGCGGAUCCGUCGGGGGCCAGAGACCCUGACCUUGUACGUGACCCCUGAAGUCACAGAGUGA